AAAGCGACCCAUGGAAUGAAAAAUAAAGUUAUCUGUGUGACAGUUCGAAAGGAGGAAGAAGAAGAGGAGAGGGAGGAGUGAGUGGAAUCCCAAUCUCAAUCUCAAUCUCAAUCUCAAUCCUGGCUUCCGAUAUCUGGAAACGCUUAUUCCCGGCACGACGAAGAGGCUCUUUAGUUUCAUUUCCACUUCCAAACAUAAGAAUCGGAAUGAGAAUGGGAACAAAUAUAAACCUCUUUAAGCUCUGUUCUAACCUCAGUGUGGUGGGCUACUUGAUGAUCCUCUUGUUCGGUGCCAUCGUUGCCCUCACUUACUACGCCGUCGUUUUAAUCACAUGGGGCCCACUCCUCUUUCGCUCCCCUUUCGUUCUCUCUUCCUUCUUCUUGGCCCUCUCUAUCCUCACCCUCUUCCACAUUCUCCUCAUUCUACUAACCUGGUCCUACUUCAUGGUCGUCCUCAACGAUCCCGGUUCGGUUCCCCAUGAUUGGAGACCGCACCAAUCCAAUUCUCAAGUUCGAUUCGAUUUGGAACCAACGCCCUCCCCUGUUUACUGCUCUCGAUGCCAAAAUGCCAAGCCACCGCGUUGCCAUCACUGCUCCAUUUGCCAAAGGUGUGUUCUCAAGAUGGAUCAUCAUUGUAUUUGGGUCGUCAAUUGCGUUGGGGCGCGUAACUACAAGUAUUUUCUCCUCUUCUUGCUGUAUACAUUCCUUGAGACAACGCUGGAUUGCUUAGCUCUGGUCCCUAGUUUCAUCAGAUUCUUUGGUGGAGCCAAGAAUCAUUCAAUGUCUCCUGGGGGUUUUGCCGUAAUCUUUCUGGCUUCUAUUCUUAAUUUAGCAUUUGCGCUGAGUCUUCUCUGUUUCGUAGUUAUGCAUAUAUCUCUUCUGUUAAGCAACACAACUUCAGUAGAGGUUCACGAAAAGAAAAAAGGAGUUAGGUGGAGGUAUGACCUGGGACGGAAGAAAAAUUUUGAGCAGGUUUUUGGCACCAAGAAGGCCCUAUGGUUGUUCCCAUUGUUUUCGAAAGAGGAUUUAGACAACAUACCUGCACUAAGGGGCAUUGAGUUCCCGACACGUUCAGAUGUUGAUGUAUGAAGUGGUUAGCCUUAUAGGUUUAAACCUUUUUUUCUCAGUAAGUGAUGCCAUUUUAUGCUUACUUCAUAACAGUGCAGCGUAGGGAGUGAAAAUAUUACUCUGUGCUUGAUUGCAGAUGUUUGAAAUUGAAGAAUUGUCUAGUGGAUGUAUAUAUAUAUAUAAUCUUUGAUUCAGGUUGUACUGAUUGUUCGUCAAUCUAAGUGUACCUGUCGAUAUUGCACCGUUCUGGUGAAAUGCUGCUGUAGGUUUGUAUGUGGAAUUGAUUGAGCAGAGUGGAACUCUUCCCUUUUAUCGGUGGUGCAUUAAUGUGAUUUCUUUGU